GUGCUGAUUGGUCCCAAAUCUGGAUCACUAGCCCCAACAUAAUUUUCCCCAAUAUCUUCCUUCUUUUUUGUAUUAAUUUUUGGCAGUACUGAGCAUUUAACCCGGGGUCUCGAGCAUGCUAGGCAGGCACUCCUCCCUUGAGCUACAUCCCCAGUCCUUGAUGAUCUUUCUCUCUAAAUGAAUAACGUAGCACCCAGGUGCAACCCUGUGACUUAAGAAAUAAAAUGUUAGUGACCCAGUUCUGCUCCCUGCCAACCCAUCCAUCACCCCAUUCUUUCCUCUCUCCUUAUAAACAUCAUCCUAGAUGUGGCGUUUGUAUUCCCUCGUUUGUUUUGAUAGCUCUACAGACAUAUGUCAAUGUCUGUAAAAAUAUGUAGUUUUUACCUUUCUUUAUUGAGGCAAAAUUCAUAGAACAUAAAAUUAACCAUGUUAAAGUGAACAACUCCAUGGCAUUUAGUGCAUUCACCAUGUUUACAACCACCACCUCUGUUUGGUUCCCGAAUACUUCCAUUGCCUUACAAGGGAAUACCAUAUUCAAUAGCUGUUACUCCUCAUUUCUCCCUCCCCCACCCGCUGGCAAGCACCAAUCUACUCUGUCUCUAUGGAUUUACCUUUUCUGGAUAUUUCACAUAGAAAGGGAAUCAUAGGCUAUGACCUUUUGUGUCUGGCUUCUUUCGCUUAGCAGACAAUGUCCUUGAGGUUUAUCCACAUUUUAACAUGUAUCAGUACUUCAUUCUUUUUUAUGACUAAUUAAUAUUCCAUUGUACCUAUAGACCAUAUUUUGUCUAUCCAUUCAUCUGUUGAUGAACAUUUGGGUUAUUUCCACCUUUUGGCUUUCUGUACAAGUAUUUGUGUGAGUAGUCGGCAUUGCUUUGGAGUUCUUCAAGUUUUAUAUCAUACUGCAGCUUGCUUUGUUUGCUCAGCAAAUUUAUUAUAUUACUUCCAUGUUGACCUAGCAGCUUUAGACAACUCAUUUUUCACUGCUGCGGAGCAUUCCACUGUGAAUCCACCAAUUUAUUUAUCUAUUCAAUGUUUGAGAACAUUUAGGGUAUUUCCAGUUUUCCUUCUCACAGUGCUGCCUGAACAUUCAUCCAAGGUAACUCCUCGGACCCACAUGUGACAGUUUCUCUGGGGCAGAUACCUCACAGUGACGUUGCUGGGCCCUAGAGAACGCCUUUUUCCAAAUGUACUUGCUGUGGCCAAGUAUGAGCUGUCUUUUCGUGAGUCUCUUGGUGGUUCUCACCCCUGGCUGUGCCUUAGUCACCUGAGGAACAUUUAAGAACUAUAUGGGUAUCUAAAUAACCACCCUGGCCUGUCUAAAUCAGCCUCCAGGGGCAGAACUGGAGAGCCUCCAUUCUGGAAGCUCCCUGGGUGAUUUCACUGCUCAGCCAAGGUUGAGAAUAGCUGGGAGCGUGUCAUUGUCUACUGUAUUUUGGCCUCCCAAGGUCAGCUCAUAGUGGGCAACUCUGGACUUAGGCUUACGUCCUGAGAAUUUCACUCAGGGGCUGGGCAGAGAGAAGGGACAAAACAAAUAGAUGCUGAAUGUGUGAACAAAGCAUUUGAAAUACACUUUUAAUUAUUCAGGGCAAUAAGAGACAUGAGAACACGGGGAAUCAACCCAGGACGUAGGCAUGCUAAGCCAGGGUCCCACCACUGAACGAUAUCCUCAGCCCUUUUUUAAAAAAUUAUUUUGAGACAGGGUAUUGAUAAGUUGCCCAGGUCGGCCUUAAACUAGCAACCCUCCUGCCUCAGCCUCUAGAGUGGCUGGGGUUACAGGUGUGUGCCACUGCACCAGACAGAACCUACCAUUUUUAAUUAUUAAGCCCACUUUCUCCUUCCACCCUCCCCGCCCCUGCCAGUAGGGUUGGCUCUGGGCAAAAUGUAGACUGAUCGUGGACCUCAGUUCGGCCACGAUCUGUGUGACUUUGGGCAGGUUCCUUCACCUCUCUGAGCCCAUUCGCUUACCUACAAACGAGUGAUGAUUCCAGUAACUAUCUCAUAUUGUUGAGAGAAUUUUAAAAGUUGAUGCAUUUAAAGAACGUGGCAUACAGUAAAGAGGAGCUGCUGUUAUCGACGUUACUCAUAAAGCAGGUGGGUUUCUGAAAGCAGGCUGCUGACCUGCCAGACACAGUCUUAGGUAGGAAAGUGCUGACAUGUUACUGAGCCCAGGACAAAGGUGGUGAAGCAAGGCGGAGCCGUGUUACCCAAGAAGCUGUCUUAUUAACGAAGGUUUAUCUUAGGUGAUAGUAAAGAAGGGAUGGGGCAAUUGUUUUCUGCAGCGAGCAUUCACCACGCACCACGUACUAGAGGGAGUUUGCACACAGGACCUCGUUUGAGCCUUACAACCAUCCCAUGUGCUUCGCUUUGGUGAGUGACAAGCUGUACCAGCGGAAAGAGCCUGUCAUCAGCUCUGUGCACACCAAGGUGAAAGGGAUAGCGGAGGUGAAGGAGGAGGUCGUGGCGGACGGGAUGAAGCGCUUGGUGCGGACAGUCCUGGACACUGCGGAUUACACCUUCCCUCUGCAGGGGAACUCCUUCUUUGUGAUGACGAACUUUCUUAAGACAGAAGGCCAAGAGCAGCGGUUGUGCCCUGAGUAUCCCACGCGCAGGACUCUCUGUUCUUCUGACCGGGGCUGUAAAAAGGGAUGGAUGGACCCGCAAAGCAAAGGAAUCCAGACUGGCAGGUGUGUAGUGUACAGAGGGAACCAGAAGACCUGUGAAGUCGCGGCCUGGUGUCCCAUCGAGGCGGUGGAAGAGGCCCCCCGGCCUGCACGUCUGAGCAGUGCUGAAAACUUCACUGUGCUCAUCAAGAACAACGUUGACUUCCCUGGCCACAACUAUACCACGAGAAACAUCUUGCCAGGUCUGAACAUCACUUGUACCUUUCACAAGACUCAGAAUCCACAGUGUCCCAUUUUCCGACUGGGAGACAUUUUCCGGGAAACAGGAGAUAACUUUUCAGAUGUGGCAAUCCAGGGAGGAAUCAUGGGCAUUGAGAUCUACUGGGACUGCAACCUGGACAGCUGGUCCCAUCACUGCCGUCCCAAAUACAGCUUCCGUCGCCUUGACGACAAGACCACCAAUGAGUCCCUGUACCCUGGCUACAACUUCAGAUACGCCAAGUACUAUAAGGAAAACAAUGUUGAGAAACGAACUUUGAUAAAAGUCUUUGGGAUCCGUUUUGACAUCCUGGUUUUUGGCACUGGAGGAAAAUUUGACAUUAUCCAGCUGGUGGUGUACGUGGGAUCCACCCUCUCCUACUUUGGCUUGGCCACUGUGUUCAUUGACUUUCUCAUCAACACGUACUCGAGCCCCGUCUGCCGAUCCCGGGUGUACCCCUGCUGCACGUGCUGCCAGCCGUGUGCCGUCAAUGAGUACUACUACCGCAAGAAGUGCGAGCCCAUCGUGGAGCCGAAGCCGACGUUAAAGUAUGUGUCCUUUGUGGAUGAAUCCCACAUUCGGAUGAUAGACAAGCAGCUACUUGGGAAAAGUCUACAACAUGUCAAGGGCCAAGAAGUUCCAAGACCCCCGCUGGACUUCACAGACCUGACCAAGCUGCCCCUGUCUCUGCAUGACCCACCCCCCAUUCCUGGACAACCAGAGGAGAUGCAACCACUUCGUGAAGAGGUGACUCCUAAAUCCAGGGACAGGCCGAGCUGGUGCAAGUGUGGGAGCUGCCUCCCGUCCCAGCUCCCCGAGCGUCGCAGGUGUCUGGAGGAGCUGUGCUGCCGGAGGAAGCCAGGGGCCUGCAUCACCACCUCCCAGCUGUUCGGGAAACUCGUGCUGUCCAGACACGCCCUGCAGUGCCUCCUGCUCUACCAGGAGCCCCUGCUGGCCCUGGAGGCCGAGGACACCAACAGUCGCCUGCGGCACUGUGCCUACAGGUGCUAUACCACCUGGCGCUUCGGCUCCCAGGACAUGGCCGACUUUGCCAUCCUGCCUAGCUGCUGCCGCUGGCGGAUCCGUAGAGAGUUCCCCAAGAGUAAAGGACAGUACAGUGGCUUCAGGAGUCCUUACUGACAGCACAAGGCUGCAGCAGUCACACGAACAUCACUGCUGCUAGCACCUGGAGCGUCACCUGCAAAGAUCCGUGGCCAAAUUCUCAGCCGGAAGGAAAUGCACUUUCCUCUCCCGCGGCUCUGCACGUUCAACCAACCAACUUCCACACGGCCCCAAAGUCUGGUGAUUCAGAUUUAAGUCCCCACUAUGUCCCUAGAAGCUGUAUGACCCUGCUAAACCUUUACCAUCUGUAUCUCAGUCUCCUCGUCACCAACCUACUGUCUCAGAGCUACUGUGAGGACAGCCUGAGACAGUGUAGGUGAACUCUUGUGAGUGUGUAGAGAACUCCAUGAACGCAGAGCACCUCAUUAUGAGGCUGGACCAGGAUAACGUCCAACUAGCAACAGGCUCCUGGGGUCCUAGAUGGAGGACCCAACAAGGAUCAAAGGUGCCCACAAAUUCUUUGACACUCACCCCUUGAGAUCCAAGUUUUCUGUCUCUCCCCUUGAGUCUGGGGAGCUCUGGUGGCUUUCUCGAAGAGUGGAUGUGACACUGUGUCAGUUUCAGGAUGUUGUUAGUCUUAAGAGUGGCGGCUUCCACUUCCUGUCUCUGGGAACUCUUGCUGAGGGGGAAGCCAGCCCCCUGUAAGAGUCUAACUAUCCUAAGAACACCCUGCCGGAAGCCCAAGCAGCCACAUGGAGAAGAAAGUGCCUGCCAGCCCCAGCUCUCAUGCUUAGUCACCACACCUGGGCGAGAAGCAGCCUUCAGGUGACUCGAGACCCUACUAACCUAUGUCUGAAACUGCACAAGACCCCACAUGAGAAGUGCCCAGUCAACCCAGAGAACCAAGCUGCUGUGUCAAGUCACUGGAUUUUGAGUAAUAGGUGCCUGGGGUCACAGACACAGCCCCACCUCCCCCGGUUCUGAGGUUCACAGGGAGCCCCUCGGGAGCGUAGGUCUCUGUUGGACUGUUCUCAGAAGGCCACAGACCAAAUCAGGCAGCUCACCAGCCCAGCCCAGGAAGCCAUCAAAUCCAGCUGUGCAUUACCCAACAAAACAGUCCUCGUCACUGGAAAAAGCUGCCUUUGUGCCUGAACAUCCUAGACUCUGCAGUCAGAAUAAACACAGUCAGGAUGCGACUUUGAAAGCAACCCAUGCCCCAAAUGUCACCAUGUCUAUACAUCAGCCACCAAGGAUAUGAAAACAAAUAGUCACAGGUUUGGGGUCUGUCUCAGGAUUUCCUUCCCAUGGUUUCGUCAUGACCAUUGGCUAUUCAUUUCCAAACAACUAUUUCAAAGAAUUGUUUAGAGACCACUAUGAAUGGCAUUGGAAUACUAUGAUGAUCUGUGAGUGCUUGUAUACUCCCAAGACUUUCCAUUUUGAUAUUUUCAAAAACCCAGCAGCUUUCUACUGUAUUAAUGCAAAACAGCAUGAAUAAAAACUUUUUUUGAACCAGGGCUUUAUCUGGCUUUAAACUCAGGAAUCAAAUUAAUUGUGCCAGAUUGCACUUUCCUUUUUACUACCUUUUCAGAGAUAUUUUUGUAAAGUUAAUUAUGUUCAACUUCAUACUUAAGAUUUUUUUUGUUGUUGUUUUUUGCUGCUGGGAAUGGCACCAGGGCUUUGCACAUACUAGGCAAAUACUCUGUCACCGAGCUAAACCCCAGCCCAAGAACUGAAACUGUUUACUCUAAGAAUUCUAUGUAACAGUUACUGGUUUCCAUUCUGAUGACCUCUGAGUCUUUCUACCUUAUUUUGGGUGCCUUUUUGGUGUGUUUCUAUCACUUUGCUGAGGCCCCAGGUGGAGCCGUAGUUUGGAAUAGCAAAUAAUCACUGGAUCCUUCUGCUUUCCUUCACCUUCCUCUCGGACGCUCUGGGUGAGAGGCGAUGAGCUACUGGACUAUGUGAAAUGUCUGCAGUUCCUACGGUACUGCACAUUACGGAUCACAUUAGUAUUUCUAUGUUUAGUCUACUACAUAUGGUGCUGUAGCCACUUCUGUGGAUGUUUUCACGGUGAAGGGCCUUCUCCUGUCAUGGUAACUGCCCAGCUUCACCACCCCCUCUCACUUCACCCUGUCAGAGGGAGGAGGGCUGCUUUCCUGCUGUGGACAGGCUGACUUCAUGUACAACUGAUAACUAGCAUUCCUCUCCUGUGUUAAACCCUUCCUAAUUCUAGAUUGGCAAUGCAGAUAUUCUUAACUUUUUUUGAUAAUUAAAAAAAUGAU